UCCAUGCGAGAAGUUGAUUUAAACACUGCAAGAAACGAGUUGAAUUCAGUUUCAAAAGCUAACGCUCAGAAUCCAACUGAAUUUUUCCUAAUUGGAGAAUGUUUCAAUCUAGKUUUUGUAGGAUUUUAGCUUUUUUUGUGAUCUCUGUUGCUGUAAGGAAGAGUUUCGCAGACUUUUAUCCACAGGUUUAUCAUAAUCUAAUGAAUCCCCAAGGGAUUUUCAGUGUUAGAUUUAACCUCGACUGGCUAUCGUGCAUCGAGAUUUGCUUGAAAACAGAUUCCUGUUUUUCGUACAACUACGACCUUAGUGGAAAUCAAAAUCACACUUGUGAACUCAGCAAAUGUGCUAGCACCUCUACUGAGAGGUGCUCUAACAAAGAACUUCGUUUUUCCAGAGGUUUUGUUUAUCAACAGUUGAAAGAAAAACAAAAUAAGGAUUGGGAUUCCUGUGAKGACGUGAACAGUCGUGAUCAGCCAACCACCGCACCCCCACAACCCAAAUACUAUAAAGACUGCGCUGAUGCUAUGAGGUCAGGUAAGGACAGUGAUGGUCUUUUCAGUAUUGACCCAGAUGGAAGAGGAAUGUUCUCCGUACAGUGCGACCAAACAACCGAUGGAGGAGGAUGGGUGAUCAUUCAGCGUCGUUUCGAUGGCACACAAAGUUUCUAUCUCGGCUGGAAAGAGUACUCGGGGGGUUUUGGUAACCUUGGCGGAGAGUUUUGGCUUGGCUUAGAUCGCAUUCAGCGCCUGGCAUCCAAGGGGAACACAGUUCUGAGGAUCGACCUGAAAAAUAAUAAAGGUGCAAAAGCGUACGCAGUCUACGACAAUUUUAGUCUCACUCAGAAGGAGACUAAGUUUAGACUUAAUGUCACCUAUACUCGCGGUACUGCUGGAGACUCUCUUAAAAGACAUUCAGGGCACCCAUUUUCAACCAAGGAUCAAGACAACGACCUCUGCACCGACUGCUCAUGCGCUACGCGCUUCAAGAGCGCCUGGUGGUUUGAUGGGUUGAGUGGGGCUUGUUUGUACUCUGAUCUCAAUGCUGAAUAUAAUACAAUGGGCUUAACAUGGUCAACGUGGAAUUUCAAGCUGAAAGAUACUGUCAUGAUGAUACGCCCUGACAAUAUCUAGUACCCAGGUCAUUUCCUUUAUGGAAGAGUAAAGACUGGGUCCAAGGACUUUUUCCAGCUUGUAUCACAAUAGCUUCUCUUGAUCAAUCAAAUCUUUUGGAUUUUGUUUGAUAGAUACGUUUGAUUGGUACGUUUGAGAAAUUCAGUUGUAACUAUGCUUUUCUGCUAUUUUACGUAAGAAAUUUUUC